AUGAAUUGCAACGUCGGUCGGACACCGGAGGGUAUCCAGCUAUUGACAAUUGGGGAACAGGAGCCCAAAGGGAUAUGUGGCACUGGUUCAGCGAUCAUGUGCACAGAGGAUGGCAGUCGGCUUUUAUCUGCAUUUCAGGGCUCCGUACGUCUUGUGGACCUGGACUCAGCAGAAGCGGUGACCGAGGUCCAGGAGGAGGGCGUGGUUCUAUCCAGCCUAUCAAACACGGGGGCCUUCCUCGUCACGUGCCAACGGCCGGGAAAGGCUGAGGACGGCAGCCCAGCUAAAAACCUCAAGGGAUGGGGCCGUGGCGAAGGCCGGGUUUGGGACCUAGCCACGGGCGCCUGCGUGUUCUCCCAUGCAGCCAAGCAGGUGAACAAGGACUCCUGGCCGCUGCUGCAUUGGACUUCGGACGACCAGGCUUUCAUGCACGUAGUCACCAAUACCGUACAUGUGUACGGCCGCAGCGACGGAUUCAGCGCCUACCGCAAGGUGACCAUAAAGGGCAUCGGCGGUCUCGCCCUAAGCCCAGUUCCUUUCGGGGCCGUCACCACGAACACGACUCCCCAGCAGCCCCAGCCUCUGCCUCUGCUUGCGGCGUUCCUGCCCGAGGUCAAGGGAAGUCCGGCGGGAGCGGGAAUCUACGCUCUGGAAGGCGCGGGGGCGGUGCUGGUUCCGGAGCCGCAGCCGCUAGUGCGUAAGAGCUUCUUCAGAUCGCAAGGCGCCAAACUGAUGUGGAACUCCAGGGGGUCCGCCUGUUUGGUUCUGUCGUACGCGGAUUUCGACGCCACCAAUCAGUCGUACUACGGCGAGCAGAAGCUUCACUACCUGCCCGCCGACCCCGCCCGCAGCGACGAGGCUGUGACGGUUCCCCUUCCCAAGGAGGGUCCCGUACAUGACGUGCAAUGGUCUCCCACCGGGGACUAUUUUAUUACUGUGGCAGGUUUUAUGCCGGCAAAGGUAACUCUGUUCAACGCGGCGUGCAAGCCGGUGUACGACCUUGGAUCCGGGCCGUACAACCUGGUUCGAUGGAACCCAUUUGGUCGCUUCUUCGCGAUUGCCGGCUUUGGCAACCUGCCUGGUGACAUUGUGUUUUACGACAAGAAGACGAGCGGCACGUGCAAGCAGAUGGGUGCCGUACGCUCACCUGCCGUAUCCGCCGAGUGGUCUCCGGACGGCCGACUGCUGCUCACCGCCACCACUGCCCCGCGACUUAGGGUGGACAACAACAUCAAGGUCUUCACAUACCAUGGUGAGGAGCGCCUGCACCAGCGCUUCGAGACGCUGCUUGAGGCCCGGUGGCGCCCCGCCCCCAGGGGGGCCUUCCAGGACCGGCCCCAGUCGCCGGAGCGCCUGGAGGCGGUGGCCAAGGGCGGGGAGGCGGUGGUGGCCGCCCCGACUAAGCCCUCCUACGUGCCGCCGCACCUGAGGGCCGCUGGGGUCAGCUCCGUGGCGCCUAAUCCCAGGUUCAAUUUGGCGCGGGACGAGGACGACAAGCCCGGGAAGAUCAAGACCGGAUCGGGCAGGUCGGCGCUGCCGCCAGGUGCGGAGUUCGUGGCGGCGGGCAACGGCAAGGCUGCCAGUAAGAAUGCCAAGCGCCGUGCCAGGAAGAAGGGCGGCGCCGCGGGCGGCAGUGACGAUCCAGAGGGGGAUGGAGCCGUCGAGGGUGACGAGGCCGCCGAAGGCCCCUCGCCCUCCGGGGCGCCGGCGGCGCUGGCGGCGGAGCAGGCAGCUGCAGCAGUGGCAUCGACAUCACUGCAGGGCUCGCAGCAUUCGGCCGUCUCGCAGUCAGCGGGUGAAAUGGAUGAGGAGGCUCGGCAGAAGCGCAUUCGCGCACUGCAAAAGAAGCAGCGACAGAUUCAGGAGCUCAAGGACAAGAUCUCAGCGCAAGGUGACAAGGCGCUCACGCCAGAGCAACGGGAGAAGCUGGCGUCCGAGAAAGCAAUUCUGGAUGAACUUGCAAGCCUAGGAGCGUAGUUUCUUACUUACGCUCUCACAUGCUGCUAUUGCAAUUGUGAGCGCUGGCGAGUCUUUCAGGAGUUUUAACCGGCGG